AUGGUCUGGGACAAUCAGACUCAGUCCGCGUGGAUGUUCGGGGGCCACGCCAACAACGCCUUCCUCUACUUUGCGGACCUGUGGCGCUAUGACUGGCCUCGACGAGCUUGGACUGAGAUCCUGCCAUCGAGUGAGGGAGCCCCCGGUGCCAGAUGGGGCCACGCAGCGCUGUGGGAUGCGCAUUCGCGAUCUAUGCUGAUCUUUGGAGGCAGGGCACAAGUUACCUUCUACAAUGACAUCUGGCACUUUGGCAGCAACGACAGCACUUGGAGGCAAUUGCCUGCCCUAGCGGAGACGCCGGCACGUGCCUACCACACCGCGGUCCUGGACCCCUCGGAAAAUGCGGUGCUUGUUUUUGGAGGAGAGAGCGGCAGCCAGGUGUUGGAGGACCUCCAGCGCUACAGCCUCGCCGACGGCCAGUGGAGCGAGCCUGGGGCGACAGGAGCCGGAGCGCGCAGCCGGCACACUGCCGUCUGGGUACCCACAACUCGCUCCAUGCUCGUUUUUGGCGGGUGGAGUGGGCAGCAUUACCUGGAUGACCUGCGCAGCUACGAUGCUUCAGCAGGCACCUGGACCGACUUGUCAGCUUCAGGAUAUUGGCCCACGGCUCGGGCUGGGCAUGCCGCUGCGUGGGACCCGGUGUCAAUGAGCAUGCUUGUCAUGGGUGGCAUCACCAAUGUGAGCAACAACCUCAGCUACGAGUCGUCUCUCUACAACUACAGCCUCUUGACAAACUCCUGGAAGCAAGAGGGCUUGCAAACCGAGGUCUUAGGCCCAACCGGCCGUACCGGUCAUGGCAUUGUUUGGGACCACGCUUCUCGUGGCUUGCUGUCCUUCGGUGGCUUCAAUGUCUCCUACUUGCAACAGACCUGGCGAUACGUGGUCAGUCAGACCAGCUCGCCCUUGUUGGUAAGCUGCCAGCUGGGCCGCAACUGUUCCUUCCGCUGGAAUGCCUCGGGCGUUGGCACUGUGAAACGCACCUGCUCCGACCCAGAUAUCUUGGCAGAACUCCCCACGCUGCUCUCCGAUGAAGCGGAGGAGGAUCUCUGGAUGUUCGGAGGACACGCAACCCCCCUCGUUGCCGAACCUGGGCAUCACCGCCUGUGCUGGUGUGACACCAGCUGCAGUCAUCCCGACAACUUCAGUGUGACAGCGGGCUACUUUGUCGUGGAGGGGCCGCAGCUGCGCCAGUCCGUUCAAUGCUUCCUAGGCAGAGACUGUACGAUUUCAGAGUGGCGAGGAGUCGGCAUCUCCGUGAACGACAGCGUCGUGAUGCAGAGCCGAUGCAGUGGAGAGCCUCAGCCCUCCACUUACUCCCCGCGGGCGGUCACCAUUUCUUUCAACGCAUCGUACGGUUGGUACACAUUGCACAUAGGCUUCCUGGACCCAAUGGAGGGCCUCCAACCGGAAGCUUUGGAGCUUUGCUGGUGCCCCGCCACAGGACCCUGCACUUCGGCAGAGGAGUUUCUCGUGGUCGCUCUGAACUUGGACGUCAUCUGCCCACCCGGCGAGUACAACGAAGGGCCCGGCUCCUCCUGUCUGCCCUGUCCGCCGAACUUCUUCUGCCUCGGAGGCCAGCUCUCCGACUGUCUGUGCCUUCGAGGGCGCUACUGGGACUCAGAGAGCGCGAUCUGCUUGGCCUGCCCGGCUGGGUCUUCGACGUUGCAGGAGGGAGCCACCAGCCUUGCGUCCUGCACGUGCAUGGCGGGCUUUUUCAACACGCAGCCCGACAAUCCUGCAGUUUGCGAAGCCUGCGGCGUCGGCUUCUUCUGUACAGGGGGCCUGCACACCCGGCAGGCGUGUGCCUCGUUUCAGACAACCGAGAGUGACACUUCAGCCAGCAAGUCCCAGUGCGUUUGCAGGGCUGGCAGCUUCUUGGAAGACGGGCUUUGUGCCCCAUGCCCAGUUGGAUUUUUCAAGGGCAGCGUUGGAGACUUCCCGUGCUCGCCGUGUGGUACUGGCACCUUCAGCAACGGCACUGGAAGCACAGAGCCUUGCAGAUGCCGACAGGGCUAUGGUUUUGACGAGGAGAUCGCACAGUGCAGACCAUGCCUUCCGGGCGAAUACAAAGCACUGGUGGGCGACACCCUGUGCAGCCGGUGCUCUACCAAUAAGACCUCCAUGGAGGGUGCCAUGUCUCCCCUCGACUGUCAGUGCCGGUCGGGUCUGGCAGCAGACGGCGAAACCUGCCGAGACUGCAGGGAAGGCUUCUUUUGCCCGGGCCAGGGUGAAGAGCGGCGGUGCCAGGAUAACGCCACCUCACGCGUUGGCUCGAUCUUGCAGGCAGACUGCUUGUGCCUUCCAGGACACUAUGCCCUUGAAGCUCAGGGCAUCUGUGAGCCAUGCCAACCUGGACGGUACAAGCCCACGCUGGCUAACGAUCCAUCGUGCCUUUUCCAGUGCCCCACAAACGCCCAGAGUGCCAAUGCGUCCACCAACUUAACAGACUGCUUCUGCAUGCCAGGAUUUUAUGCAGUUCUGGAUGCAGCAGGAUUGCUGUCCAGGUGCGGCAGUUGUGCCUUCCUUCCUAAUUUGCAAUGCUUGGGUGGUUUUCACAGUCAGGCGGGCAUCACUCAGGCGGGGAACCACAAGCUGCCUGUCGCCCGGCCGGGCUACUUCCAAACAGGAGUGACACUUGCAGUGAAGUGCACGGCCGUCACAGCCACUGGUCUUAGUGCUUGCCUCGGAGGGCAACUGUGCACGCAAGAUGACACAGUGGAAUGCUUUGGCAAGUAUGACAACGCCUGCGACGAAGGCUCCACCGGGUUCUUUUGUGGAGAAUGCCUAGCUGGUUGGGCCAGGAGUGCCUUCCAGCAGCCAUGCGAGCCGUGCGCUGCUGGUGCUGUUUUGCCACUGGUAGCCUCAGUCAUCAUCGAUGUUGGGACGAAGGCUGCGAGUUUUCAGCUUGCAGGGGUGUUGGCCCCGGAAAGUCUUUACCUGCCAGUUCAAGCCAAGAUUCAGGCCACGAUCAACUUCGUGGUCGCGGCCAUGGCCGCAACGGCAGCCGUCAGAGCAAGCAGCAAGCUCCACACAGUCAUGAUCCGCAUCGCCGCCCAGUGGCUGGCUGCCUGCUCCGUCCUGACGGCGUUCGACCUGAGUCAAAUUCCGCUCACGGAAGACUCUCUGCUCUUCCCAUGGCCUUUGCGGGUCAGCGAAGCGAUGCGAAGCAUCUUCGAGACCCUCACGCUGACGCCUGUUUUGACAUCUGUCGACUCGGCCACACAGUGCUUCGCCCAGGAUGCACCACGCGCCGCCGUUGGAGUGUACCAUCUCUCCUUACCUGUCCUAGUCAUGAUCGGCAUCCUUCUGCUCUCCUUCGUGGUGGCGCGCGUGGUGGUGCCGGUGGGGCAGCGUUUCGGCUUUUCCUUCAACGAGUUGGGACGCAGUCGGAACCAACUGCGCAAGGUCAUAGACCCCAUGCUCAAAGAGAUGUUCGCUCCCGUGACCGAAGCUCCGAGUGCAGACGUCUUCUCCUGGACGGACUUGGAGCGCCUGGGCGCCUUGGAUAAUCUCACCACGGCUCAGCUGCAGCAAGCAGCGGAGAACCCGGACGGCUUCCUGCGCAGGGCUGCAGCCGGGUCGCGAGAGCUCCUGCUCAGUGCCUGUGCGGCCCGUACUGCCCAGCUGCACCCGCAGGCCGAGGCACAACAGGUUUACGAAGAACUGGCGCAGGCGGAUCUGCGACAGUUCCUGAUCACAGACUUCGCCACCCAGUCUCCGGAUUUUACGACAAUGCUGGACACGGUGCUGGAUGCCGCGUUCACCUUCAACGAGGAGACCCUGCCGGUACCGGAGGAAGCUGAGCCUGGAGGCGAUGAGCUCCGGCUGGUGGGCUCGGAGCACGAACAUUGCGAUGUCGUCACCGUCGCCUCGCCCGAUGCAAUGCCCGAGAAGACACCCCGGGAAAAGACAACGAGCAUCUUCAGCUUUGCAUCUUUGGAAACCCGCGCAGAGAUGGACUCUCUUGACUUUGGCCUCUUCUCACCGGCACCUCGCUUCGGCGAGCUCGCGUACCAGAGCGUGCCUAUCAUCUGGGUGACCCUGGUCUCUUUGUGGCCUGGGCUCCUGUCCAGCUUCCUACAGAUGAUCUGGUGCGUGACAGUUCAGGAGGACGAUGUGCUGGUGAGCCGCCUGCUGCCCAACCCUUCC